CUAAAGAGCAAAUGAAAUUUAUGUGAUCGUUCUACGUCAUGCUGCAUUAUCGCGAAGAAUAUAUGAUCGACGAAAAUUUUUGGCAAACAAACAGUCGGCGAGAUACCGGCGAUGAUGAAAUUAAUUUUGACAUAAAAUGCAGCGUAAAGAUGCCUAUUUAAAGAUCCUCGCCUAUUUGCGAAACUUUGUGAGUCGCAGCAUUUUAUCUGCGGUACCAUAAAUUAGGCUAACACCAUGCCGAGUUUCGGCCCAACAUAUAGCAUAUUACUGCACGUCAUCAUUGUCAGUGCGUAUGUAGAUCUCGUCAGGUAUUUUUCCAAAUUCUGUGAUACUGUUGUUAGAUAUAAAUACAUAUGAUUAGACUGUGGACGCGUAAGCGGCACUUUUCCGAAAUAUAGUCCUUUUAUUGCCGACAUAGUGCGUUAUUAUAAAUAUAUUAAUGCAGAAUCCAGAUCGUCGUACGAAACGAGCAGGAAGGAAGUAAUCGAGAUAUUUUAUCAACGUGGAUUCUUCGAGCUCACGAAUUCAAAAUGGACAUUAAUGCUACGGAAUCGUUUUUUGUUGGUCAUGAGCUGAAGGUACUCACCUUCGGGUGGACCGACUACACUCUCUUCGGCGGUCUUCUGGGCGUCAGCGUCCUCAUCGGAGUAUACUUCGGUUUUUUCAGCACGAAGCAGGACAACACCACUGAAUAUCUACUCGGUGGCAAGACUAUGUCUUUUCUUCCAAUUAGUAUGAGUUUAAUAGCAAGUCAUAUAUCGGGGGUAUCCUUACUCGGCGUGCCUUCUGAAGUAUACCAGUAUGGGACUCAGUAUGCAGCGUGCAUUUUCACAUCGUUCAUCAGCUGUUUCUUAAUUGUAUGCGUAUACCUGCCGGUGUUUUAUAAACUGCAAUUGACAAGCACUUUCGAAUAUUUGGAAAUUAGAUUUUCCAGACCGGUCCGGCUGUUAGCAUCGUUUCUCUAUACUCUUUCGCUGGUGGUCUAUGUGCCGCUGAUAAUCUAUGUGCCGGCGUUAGCUUUCUCACAAGCGACUGGAAUGAAUCUGCAUUACGUCGCGCCGGUGAUAUGUAUGGUUUGCAUUUUCUACACGACUAUCGGAGGCUUGAAGGCUGUCGUAUGGGCGGAUACGGUUCAGAUGACGGUGACUGUCGGAAGUCUCGUCGCCGUUCUGAUUUUGGGGACCAUCGCCGUGGGCGGUGUCGGCGAGACAUGGAGAAUAGCUGAAGAAGGUGGUAGAAUUAUAUUCUGGAACAUGGAUCCCAGUCCUUUCGCAAGAAAUUCGUUCUGGGGUAUGUCAGUAGGAAUGGUAUUAACGUGGCUGUCAUCGCUGGGAAUUAGUCAGGUCUCCAUGCAAAGAUUCCUGGCAGUACCUACUAUUAAGGAAGCACAAAAGUCAAUAUGGUUUCUGGCUGUAGGUUUAGUGGUCGUAAAAUUGAUUUCCGUUUUCACCGGACUCACGAUGUAUGCCAGGUAUCACAAAUGCGAUCCCAUAAGCGCGCACGUGGUAGCAAGGAGCGACAAGAUAUUACCGUAUUACGUGCUGGAUGUAGCCGCGGACGUUCCGGGACUUCCUGGCCUCUUUCUCGCCGGUCUGGUGAGUGCCGGCCUCUCGACGAUGAGCGCCGGGCUGAACACAGUCGCUGGCACGGUUUAUGAGGAUUUCAUCGAUCGUUGGAUGCCAGAGAGCAACAAUAAAGAGAAUAAAGCCGCCAACAUUAUGAAGCUCACGGUGGUUGUCCUAGGCAUCCUGUGCGUGGGCAUGGUGUUUCUUGUGGACCGGCUCGGCGAUAUCUUUCAGCUGUCGCUGACUGUCACCGGUAUCACCGCUGGCGCUAUGCUGGGCUUGUUCUCGCUAGGGAUGUUGGUGCCCUGGGCGACGACCAAAGGGGCGGUGGUUGGCGGUCUGGUCUCGAUGGUGACGAUGAUCUGGAUCAUCGUCGGCGCGCAAUGGCACAUGGCCAAUCAUCGUUUCUACUACGAGGCACUUUCCUCCACGACGAAGGGCUGCUCGAGCGUGCCCGGUCUGUUUAAUCGGACGACGACAGCAAGCACGCAGAAUCCAAUGCAAGUCGAAUCCGUGGAUGAGCCUUUCUUCAUGUACAGGAUAUCUUUCAUGUACUACACGCUGUUAGGUGCCUUGAUUGUAAUAGUGAUCGGCACGUUGGUCAGCUUCAUCUGCGGCGCUCCUGAUUUAAGGGAUAUCGAUCGAGAUCAUUUCCCGCCGUUCAUCACCAGAUUUAUGCCACCAAAAAAAUACAUGGAAGUAUCGUUGCAUGCGAUGUCGACAACGCUGGUGACUAAUUCAGAAAGAGAAGAGUCAAAAUCUUAAAAUAUAUACAUUUUCUGUGUGUGUGUGUGAUUCCCUACAUUUUUCUUCUCCGUGACAUUACAAGACAUUAUUGUAGCAAAGGGGUAUAAACGCGCGAUGAUUGCAAGCUCUGUGAUCUCUGUAAUAUUAUAUACUCUGUAAUCAAAUAAUACCAAAUUAAAUGUUGUAUCGUAAUCUAUUUUUCGUGAGCAAACUCAUGCUCAGGGCUAACUGGAAGAUUAGUUGGAAGAUAACUUUUGAUAUAUAUAUCAAUAUUGAUACGAAGGUAUUUAGAGAGAGAGGCUUUUAUUUUUAUAAAUCUUUUAAUGAAGAAAGCUGCCAUCAAUAAAUCCUUAACGCCUUAAAUUACUGGAAGACACCGAUCGACAGGCAAGUAGACUUAUUUGCUGGGAGAUAACUGCACCGUCCGGAGUUGAAAGCACCCAUUAGAACGUCGAUGAGGGUGUCAAAUUGACUAGAUUAUAUAUCUGCCCCACGCAUCUCAAUACAAACAAGUCCCUUCCAUCUGAAACAUCUGGAGGAGCGAUGCGUAUCGGAUUAGGGCCGAAUGUAAA